CAGACGCCCGGGGCCAGGAGGUCGCUGGGGCUGGGGGCGGACCGGCUCACGGGUAGUCCACGUCCCCGCCCCGGGCCCGCCGGGCGCCGGGCCGGAUGGGCUGCACCGUGAGUCUGGUGUGCUGCGAGGCGCUCGAGCCCGCGCCCCCCUGCGGCCUGCAGCCCCCCGGGACUCCGCCGGACCCUGAGCGGCCCGAGCGCUGUGAGCCCGGGGGUGCGGUGCGAGCCCAGAGGAGGCGGCUGCUGCUUCAGCCAGAAGACCUGGAGGCCCCCAAGACCCACCAUUUCAAGGUGAAGGCCUUCAAGAAGGUGAAACCUUGUGGCAUCUGCCGCCAGGCCAUCACUCGGGAGGGCUGCGUUUGCAAAGUCUGCAGCUUCUCCUGUCAUCGGAAAUGCCAGGCCAAGGUGGCUGCCCCUUGUGUUCCUCCAUCCAGCCAUGAACUGGUGCCCAUCACCACGGAGAGCGUACCCAAGAAUGUAGUGGAUGUGGGGGAAGGAGACUGCAAGGGUGGAAGCUCUCCCAGAAGCCUCCAGGAGGGCGACUCCAUGAGAGUUUCGCCAAGCAUCCACCCGCAGCCACAGCCUGUCAGUCUCUCUAGAAACAUGAGUGUGAGCCGGGCCAUGGAGGACAGCUGUGAGCUGGACCUGGUGUACGUCACUGAGCGCAUCAUCGCCGUGUCCUUCCCCAGCGCAGCCAAUGAGGAGAACUUCCGCAGCAACCUCCGUGAAGUGGCCCAGAUGCUGAAGUCCAAACAUGGGGGCAACUACCUGCUCUUCAACCUCUCUGAACAGAGGCCUGACAUCACGAAGCUCCACGCUAAGGUCCUGGAAUUUGGCUGGCCUGAUCUGCACACUCCAGCCCUGGAGAAGAUAUGCAGUGUCUGCAAGGCCAUGGACACCUGGCUCAAUGCAGACCCCCACAAUGUUGUUGUUCUCCACAACAAGGGAAACCGAGGCAGGAUUGGGGUUGUCAUCGCGGCCUAUAUGCACUACAGCAACAUUUCCGCCAGUGCUGACCAGGCCCUGGACCGGUUUGCUAUGAAGAGAUUCUAUGAGGAUAAGAUUGUGCCCAUUGGCCAGCCAUCCCAGAGGAGGUAUGUGCACUACUUCAGCGGCCUCCUCUCCGGCUCCAUCAAAAUGAACAACAAGCCCUUGUUCUUGCACCAUGUCAUCAUGCACGGCAUCCCCAACUUUGAGUCUAAAGGAGGGUGCCGGCCGUUUCUGCGCAUCUACCAAGCCAUGCAACCUGUGUACACAUCCGGCAUUUACAACAUCCCCGGAGACAGCCAGGCCAGCAUCUGUAUCACCAUUGAGCCAGGGCUGCUCCUGAAGGGGGACAUCUUGCUGAAGUGUUAUCACAAGAAGUUCCGGAGCCCGGCUCGUGAUGUCAUCUUCCGGGUGCAGUUCCACACCUGUGCCAUCCAUGACUUGGGAGUUGUUUUUGGGAAGGAAGACCUGGAUGAGGCCUUCAAAGAUGAUCGAUUUCCUGAUUACGGCAAAGUGGAAUUUGUAUUUUCCUAUGGGCCAGAGAAAAUUCAAGGCAUGGAACACCUGGAGAAUGGGCCUAGCGUAUCUGUAGACUAUAACACCUCGGACCCCCUCAUCCGGUGGGAUUCCUAUGACAACUUCAAUGAACAUCGUGAGGAUGGCAUGGAGGAAGUGGUGGGUCAUACUCAAGGGCCACUGGAUGGGAGUCUGUAUGCCAAAGUGAAGAAGAAGGAUUCCCUGAAUGGCAGCUCAGGGCCUGUCACUACUGCACGGCCUGCCCUGUCAGCCACUCCUAACCAUGUGGAACACACACUGUCUGUGAGCAGUGACUCUGGCAACUCCACAGCCUCCACCAAGACAGACAAGACCGAUGAGCCUGUUUCUGGGGCUGCUACUGCCCCUGCUUCUCUGAGUCCUCAGGAGAAGAAGGAGCUUGAUCGCCUGCUAAGUGGCUUUGGUGUAGACAGAGAGAAGCAAGGCGCCAUGUACCGGGCUCAGCAACUCAGGUCCCACCCAGCUGGGGGCCCAACUGUGUCCUCCCCUGGCCGCCACAUCGUCCCAGCCCAGGUUCACGUCAACGGUGGGGCUCUGGCAUCUGAGCGGGAGACGGACAUUCUGGAUGAUGAGCUGCCCGUUCAGGAUGGGCAGAGUGGGGGCAGCAUGGGCACGCUGUCCUCCCUGGAUGGGGUCACCAACACCAGCGAAGGUGGAUACCCAGAGACUCUGUCCCCACUGACCAAUGGUCUGGACAAGUCCUAUUCCACAGAACCCAUGCUCAAUGGUGGAGGCUACCCCUAUGAGUCUGCCAACCGGAUGGUACCCCACAGUGGUCACUCGGCCCCCAUUCGGCCCUCCUACUCAGCUCAGGAGGGAUUAGCUGGCUACCAACGUGAGGGACCCCACCCAGCCUGGUCACAAGUGACCAGUGCCCACUGUGGCUAUGACCCCAGUGGUCUGUUCCGAUCCCAGUCCUUUCCAGAUGUGGAGCCCCAGCUGCCCCAAGCUCCAGCCCGUGGGGGCAGCAGCCGAGAGGCUGUGCAGAGGGGCCUGAAUUCUUGGCAACAGCAACAGCCUCACCCACCUCCCCGACAGCAGGAAAGAUCCCCCUUACAGAGUCUUGCCAGCAGCAAGCCUAGCCCCCAGCUGUCAGCAGAAACCCCUAUACCUACUCUCCCAGAGUUCCCGAGGGCAGCCUCCCAGCAGGAGAUCGAGCAGUCCAUCGAAGCCCUUAAUAUGCUGAUGCUGGACUUGGAGCCCACUUCAGUGGCUGCCCCUCUUCAUAAGUCCCAGAGUGUCCCUGGGGCUUGGCCAGGGGCUUCCCCACUUGCUUCCCAGCCCCUCUUGGGCUCUUCCCGCCAGUCCCACCCACUGACCCAGUCCCGAUCUGGCUAUAUCCCUAGUGGGCAUUCCCUGGGAGCCCCGGAGCUGGUCUCUUCUGGCAGGUCUUAUUCACCUUACGAUUAUCAGCUGCGUCCAGCUGGAUCCAACCAGAGUUUCCGUCCAAAAAGCCCAGCCUCUUCUGCCUUCCUUCCAAGCCCCCAUAGUUCUGCGGGGCCUCAAGAGCCCCCAACCUCUCUUCCUGGUCUCGUCACUCAGCCUCAACUCCCACCAAAGGAAACUACUUCAGACCCCUCCCGAACUCCAGAGGAGGAACCACUGAACCUGGAAGGGCUGGUAGCUCACCGGGUAGCAGCGUACAAUGCCAGACUGCAGGGCCUGAGGCAGAGUGGCACCUUUCGACCCUCUCCUCUCCACCGGCUCCGAUCCGCCUCCAUCUCUGGGGUUCAGGCUCGGGAGAGGCAGCCCGCAGAGCCCCCAGCCCCACUGCGGAGGCGAGCAGCCAGUGAUGGGCAGUAUGAGAACCAGUCUCCAGAGGCUACAUCCCCCCGUAGUCCUGGGGUCCGCUCCCCCGUCCAGUGCGUCUCCCCUGAGCUGGCUCUCACCAUUGCCCUCAAUCCUGGAGGGAGGCCCAAAGAGCCCCAUCUGCAUAGCUACAAGGAGGCCUUUGAGGAGAUGGAGAGGACCUCCCCGAGUGGCCCGCCAUCCAGUGGGGUGCGCUCUCCUCCAGGUCUGGCCAAGACGCCCCUGUCUGCUCUGGGCCUGAAGCCCCACAAUCCAGCUGACAUCCUCCUACACCCCACAGGUGAGGAAGGUGAGGGGGAGGAGGUGACUAAGCCUCCAGAAGAGCCCCGGAGCUAUGUGGAGUCUGUGGCAAGGACAGCGGUGUCGGGACCUCGAACUCAGGAUGUCGAGCCCAAGAGCUUCAGUGCCCCAGCUGCCCACGCCUAUGGACAUGAGACACCCCUGAGGAACGGGACCCCGGCUGGCUCCUUCGUCUCCCCAAGCCCCCUUUCAACAAGCAGUCCCAUCCUCAGUGCUGACAGCACUUCCAUGGGCAGUUUCCCAUCAGCGGGGAGCAGUGACCAGGGUCCACGGACACCCAUCCAGCCCAUGCUGGAUUCCAGCAUCCGCUCAGGCAGCCUGGGGCAGCCAAGUCCGGCAGCACUCAGUUACCGAAGCUCAUCACCGGCGCCGGCUGGUGGCAGCAGCUACAGCAGCCCUGACUACUCCCUUCAACCAUUCAGCUCUUCUCCAGAGAGCCAAGCCCAGCCGCAGUUCAGUGCGGCCACCGUCCACAUGGUGCCUGGAAGCCCUCAGGCACGACACAGGACAGUGGGUACCAACACUCCACCUAGUCCUGGCUUUGGCCGGCGGGCUAUCAAUCCCACCAUGGCUGCCCCUGGUAGUCCCAGUUUGAGCCACCGGCAGGUGAUGGGCCCUGGUUUCCAUGGUAAUGUGGUUUCUGGCCACCCGAGCAGUGCAGCAACCACUCCUGGAAGCCCCAGCUUGGGCCGGCACCAGGUGGGAAGCCACCAGGUUCCAGGCCUCCACAGCAGUGUGGCCGCCGCUCCAGGAAGCCCAAGCCUGGGCCGACACCCCGGGGCCCACCAAGGGAAUCUGGCCUCCAGUCUCCAUGGCAAUGCGGUCAUCAGCCCUGGGAGUCCCAGCUUGGGCCGGCACCUGGGUGGAUCUGGAUCUGUGGUUUCUGGAAGCCCCAGCUUGGACCGGCAUGCGGCUUAUGGUGGUUACUCUACUCCCGAGGACCGACGACCAACGCUGUCCCGGCAAAGCAGUGCCUCUGGCUACCAGGCUCCUUCCACACCUUCCUUCCCCGUCUCCCCUGCCUACUACCCUGGCCUGAGCAGCCCUGCCACCUCGCCCUCACCAGACUCAGCAGCCUUCCGGCAGGGGAGCCCCACACCAGCCUUGCCAGAGAAGCGGAGGAUGUCUGUGGGAGACCGGGCAGGCAGCCUCCCCAACUACGCCACCAUCAAUGGGAAAGUGUCCUCCUCACCCAUUGCCAAUGGGAUGUCCAGUCCCAGUGGGAGCAGCACAGUCUCCUUCUCCCACACGCUUCCAGACUUUUCCAAGUACUCUAUGCCAGACAAUAGUCCCGAGACACGGGCUAAAGUGAAGUUUGUCCAAGACACUUCCAAGUAUUGGUACAAGCCUGAGAUCUCCAGAGAGCAGGCCAUUGCACUCCUGAAGGAUCAGGAGCCAGGGGCCUUCAUCAUCCGUGACAGCCACUCCUUCCGAGGGGCCUACGGGCUGGCCAUGAAGGUGUCCUCGCCCCCUCCAACCAUCACUCAGCAGGGCAAGAAAGGAGACAUGACCCAUGAGCUGGUGAGGCACUUCCUGAUAGAGACAGGCCCCAGAGGAGUCAAGCUCAAGGGCUGUCCCAAUGAGCCAAACUUUGGCUCCCUGUCUGCUCUGGUCUAUCAGCACUCCGUCAUCCCACUGGCCCUGCCCUGCAAACUGGUCAUUCCAAGCCGAGACCCCACAGAUGAUUCAAAAGAUAGCUCAGGCCCUGCCAACUCAACCACCGACCUGCUGAAGCAAGGAGCAGCUUGCAAUGUGCUCUUCAUCAAUUCUGUGGAUAUGGAGUCACUCACUGGGCCACAGGCCAUUUCCAAAGCCACGUCUGAGACUUUGGCUGCUGACCCUACACCAGCUGCCACGAUUGUUCACUUCAAGGUCUCUGCCCAAGGAAUCACACUGACUGACAAUCAGAGAAAGCUCUUCUUUAGACGGCACUACCCCCUCAAUACUGUCACCUUCUGUGACCUGGAUCCACAAGAAAGAAAGUGGAUGAAGACAGAGGGAGGCGCCCCUGCUAAGCUCUUCGGCUUUGUGGCCCGGAAGCAGGGCAGCACCACGGACAACGCUUGCCACCUCUUCGCAGAGCUUGACCCCAACCAGCCUGCUUCUGCCAUUGUCAACUUCGUCUCCAAGGUCAUGCUAAGUGCUGGCCAGAAGAGAUGAAUCCUGGAGUCCUUGCCCAAGGCUGGGGCACUGGGGAUGGGGCGUGUGGGAGAGGGGACCUGUGAAUCCUGACCACCUUAAAUCCAGAAAGAGGACUUUUGGGUAGACUGUGGAGAAGGCGAGAAGGAAGUGCAGCGUGGAGGAGAGGGAAGUGAAUGGUGGAGGGGAGGGGAAAGGGAGGAGGAGAAAGCAAGGAUGGACGAGAGGAACUCAGAAUCCCUUGUACAGAUGGAAGCCACACCUCCCAAAGCCUCUCCAGCUAGCUGGGGGCCCUGGCUUCCCUCCCCCUCUGAGAGAAUUGAGUCCCCACAGGGAACACACAGGCCUCUUUUGGUGGUGGCGGGGACCAGAUUUCACAGAGCAGUGACAAAGCUUGUUCUCCCUACCCUCCUGCCUUGAGAGAAGAAGCUGAACCUACUUCUCUGGAGGUAAGGUUGCUAAACCCAGUGACCAGCGUGUGACAUCAAGCGGUGACACUUUUUUACAUUUUGCUCACCCGAGGCACCCAUGGUCUGUGCUUGCUCUGACUUCUUGUUGCAGGGUGUAAAAUGCGCCCCCUCUCCCCGUGCACUGAUCACUGAUCGAUACCUGCCUCUAUCCACUCGAAUUACAAACAGCUCUGCUUGUCUGCGACCCUUGUGAUACACACUGACCAAAGAAGACUAGGGAUAUGGGGUGGCAUGGCGCCAGGGCAGAGACAAGCUGUCUCCUGAAGGAGCAUGGCAUUAUGGGUAGCCGAGUCCUCUCUCUGUUCCUACAACUGCCCUCUAGUGGCCCUGGGGGCCUCCAGCGACCCUGGUACAGAGGGCAAAGCCCACCUGCUGCAUUAGCCUUACUCUGUCUCCGAGACUGAGACUGAAUCUGCGCUGGAGGAAGAAGCGAUGCCCACGGUCUUGGGAAAGAUAGCCGUUAGGGAAGGGUGGCGUCUUUUCCUGGCUUGCGGAGAGUUGGACAUGCGCACUGAUAGUGUCCAGCGCUGGUUGGGCAUGCGCACUGAUGGUAUCCAAGACUGCCUUAUUCCCUUCUCGCAGCCCGAUUCCUGGGCCGGGAGUGCCAGCGCUAGCUUUGUCCUUGCUCACCUGCUUGAGGCCUACUGGGGAACGGGAGCUGUGCCUUUCUGACCUACCCUGUCCUACAUACUCCUUAUGUUGGCUUAUCCUAGGAGCCUGCUCCCCAGAGUCCUGCCCAGGACACCGGGGGAGGCCUGGAGCCCCUGUUUUCCUCUCUGUGUUUUGGGUCUGACGGCUGCGGAUCCCUUUCUGGCUGGGCUGCCCAGGGUGACAUCAGAGCACCUCUGGGGAUGCUGCUGGGGAACCAUGUGGUCCUCCUACAAUGCCAAAGCUUCCCUGUUCCCCUUCUGCCUCAGUUUCCCCAGCAGAACCAUGUUGCCCGUGGGACAGAGGAUAGAAUGUAUGAAUUUAGUCCAAAGGUCCUAUGGUCCAUUUGUGGGGUUGGGAAGGCCCCUGUCACCACUCAGGCCUCCAUUUAAGCCCAUGGGGGUCCCUAGGGGUGGUAUUGUACUGAUAUAUAAAUAUAUAUAAUAUAUACAUGAGACAUACUGAUAGAAUCUGUAAGCUAAUAAAAAUAUAAGAAAAGGUUAAAAAAAAGAAUAGGUAAAUUGACAAGAAAUAUUUAUUGUUUUUUCCCAUAUUGCUUUAUUGCCCCUGGCCACAACCUGUUUCCUUUUCUUUCCUAAUCUGUAAGUAGAGCCUGAACUGCAGGUGUCUUACAUCCCAAACAGCUCAGAUCUGACCUUGGCCUUGACCCUGGUCUUGGCCUCCCUAGGCUCAGUCUGGGACGGGGGAUAACACGCUCUGGCUGCUUAGUUUUGGCAAGCAGUAGCCCAGCUGCUGGCAUCCUGGAUGUGAGGAUGGUUGCAUCCAUCGCUCCAGGUCUGAGCCAGCAUGUGUUUGGGAUGCAGGUAUAUGGGCGUGGUGUGUGCAUUUCUUGGAUUUUUUUCCCCUCCAGGGAGCUUUGAUGUGUGGGCGUUGUUUUGAGGAGUUGGAGAGAAGAGUAGGGAUCAUGGGUAGAGGCUCCUUUGGGUCCCGCUUCCCAAAGAAUAAAUGGGUUUAGUGAUCAAGGUCCUUCUAAAGUGUCCUUCCCUCUGAGAUAUUCGAGGCUAAUGUCUCGAUUACCACUUUCUUCAUUCCCCAAAUGAACUCCACUUCUUCCCAGGUUAGAAGAAAAAUUUCCUCAUCCCCUUCUUUGUAAAUACCCUCAUCCUGCUGCACAGCCCCAGGAGGCUUCUCCUGGCUGGAAUGUCCACGCAAGCCUUUGAGGAACAUCAGAGCCUCUGCACCCUGCCUUAGGCCAUCCCCCAGUCAGCCUCGAGUCAGGGGUCAACCUUCACAUGAGGUGUCACCUUCUCGUGCUGCACCCAGGCCCAAGCCAUGUGUGAGUCAUGUGAAGGACCGAGGUGGGUGCUGGGAAGUGGGUGCCUCCUUCCCAGCAUGCCUGUAGAAGGAAUGGACACCUGAGUUUGGCUUUUUUGGAAGGGCGUUGGAGAAGGGGCCUCAGUUCUUACACUGGGAACCGCACUGUAGUCUGCCCUCUUCCUCACUGUGAUUCUCACAGGUGGGCCUUGCACAUUCAUGCACUCACACACAAGCGCACACACGUACACACACACACACACACACACACAGAGACCACACGCACUCUCACCCCUCCAUAUGCAAUCUAUUCUUGCCAAAGAUUUCCUUUAAACACGAAUGCUUCUUUACCCAUCGUUUUUUGUGAGUGAUCUGUUCUGUUCUUCUGUGUAGCUGAGUCUGUUUGUUAGCAGGGAGAGUGCUGUCUGCUCUUAACCUUGAGUGAAGGAGGGGUAAGGAAGACAGACAUGGCAGCCUGUGAUGCCAUCAGCGAGACCCCUCAGCUACAGCCCAGGUCCAUACUGCCUCUGGCAACUCAGAAGAUUGCUGAGGUUGGCCUGUGGCCUCAACCUCCCCGGUUAUCUGGAGGUGAGCUGACAGAGAGGGACACCGAUUGAGCCAGGUUUGGGGAAAGGAAGGCCCCCAUAGUUCCAGAGGGUAAGGGUGAAGAGCUGGGCUAGAAUACAGUAGACAGGCGGCCCCUAAGGGAAAGCUGGGAAAUAACAGUUGGAUACUGAAAUCUCUGUUGUGCUACUGUGGAACCCUGGCUCCCUUGUCCAGCUUUGUCUGAGGAACGAAUUCACAUUUGAGGUUUGGAACGGACGUUUCCUGGCAGCUUAGAUAGUUUUGGACACGAUUGCCAGAAUUUCUGGUACACCCUGGCUUUGGAGAGUCCCUGGAGAUACCUGUCUCGUGGUGUAGGGAGGACACCGUGGCGGUGCGCCCCUCUAGAAAGGGGCUUUCAGGAGAGGGAGAGACCCUGCACCAGGCCUGAAUAGGGCUGAAACAGGUUCCUUGUGGUGUCUGGGAAAUGCAGGAGAGACAAGUCAGUGAACAACAUCCAUCUUGCUCUGGAUUUCCUCCUCCGUCCUACCUCCCAGGGUUUCUGGCCCUCUUUCUCCAGCUUCAGAUCUUGGGGAGAUCCAUCCAAGGGAACCAGCCCUCUCCUGCCUCUAUGCCUUGGGUCCUUGAAGAGCUUGGACCCAAAGCGAGGGCCACCUCUGCACGUAGGCCUUGGCAGGAGAUCUCGAGAUCGGUGUUUCCAUGGUCAGUGAUGACAGGAUGUAUGUGCGUGUGUGUGUGCAAGUGUGGGUGUGUGUGCAUGGUUUGCUCUCUUUAGGGAGCUUCGAGUGGGAGGUGGAGGUGAUAGAUGGAGGGAUGUCAGGUUCAGUGCGACCCAGUAGUGAGAAGAACCAGGAGGUGAGGCCUGAUGGUCCACGGAUUAGUAGUGUUUUAGUGCUGGCAAUGGAGGGGAUAGCCACACGGGAUAAGGCUCCACAGGCCUCUUCCUUGCUGUCUCCUGUCUCCUCAAAGGGCUGAACAGUUGGAGGGUCUCAGUUGGUUUCCAUGCCUGGGCCCCUCACGGCAGCAAGGCCAUGAAAGUGCGACACAUUCAUGCGUCUCCUCGUCAGUGUUCACAACCCAGUCCUCCCUGUGAACCCACAUUUGGCUCGUGUGUGUGUGAGCACGUUGGGGUGUGCAUAUGGUAUCUCCCCACUUUCUUCCCUUCCUUCAUUCAAAACAAAUGUAAGAAGUUCCUUAUGUACUGUUAUCUCAACCCUGCCCCCCAGGCCCUCUUCUGGGAGACCCGUACCCAGAGUCCAUCUUCUGUCCCCCACACCAGCCCUCUGCCCCUGCCCCCCAGCCCUCUGCUGUGUAUUUAUAGAUGGAAAUAUACUUUAUAUUUUGUAUCAUUGUGCCUAUAGCCUCCGCCACCUUGUAUAAACCCUGUUGUAUGGCAAGUGUUCUGGAUAUGAAUGUAUUACACAGAAGCUAUCCCCUCUGUACAGCCGCUUGUCUCUUACAAUCAUUGUAUGGCUUUAUAAAUGAUACCGUGAAACACGAACCCGGGCUGUGGUCUAGCUGUGUU